UACAAAACCCGGAAGUGGCGUACGGUGCAGAAUCAAAACAGUUAAAAUUUGACAGCUCCGCUAAAGGCUGAUAAAAUGCAAUGGGAAACGUAACUGCCACCUUCAGAAAUAAACUGCACUAUUUAACCAACGUGUUUAGAUACUGGGGCGACUUUUUAUCGGACUGUCGCGGAAUGCUAAUCCGAGGAAAAGGAUCUUUUGGCUAGUUUUAUCCGCAGCUCUUCCCUGUGUGACUAGCUAGUUAGCUUCCACGGCUAACGAAAGUUGCUCCAUGGAUAUCUAUGGGCUGAACAUUACCAUAUAUAGACCGGUCACAGAGCUCCCUCGCCGGUGAAAUGUAAACGGUGACUCGCUGGGGAGGCUGACAAAGGGCAAGCAAACACAAAACUCAGCCUGGAAGGAAAAAAAACACACGCUAGCUUCACCAUGUCAUCUGAUAAGAUUAUUGCCAUCGUCAUGGAUGACAAAACCUACGAGGUAAAUAAAAAGAAGCUGAUAGAGAAGAGCGACUACUUCCGUGCACUGUACAGCUCCGGGAUGAGGGAGUCCACAGAGGACUCUGUGCAGCUGCAGGGACUCAGUGUCCCCGGCCUGGAGCUGGUCCUGGAAUUCAUCAACACCUCAAAGGUUCAGGUUGUCAACGAGACUCUGGAGGACCUGAUUGAGACCGCCUCCUUCUUACAGGUCACCUCCAUCCUCAAACUCCUCACCUCCGAGAUCCGGCUGGACAACUGCGUGGAGCUGUACAGCCUCUCUGAAGUUUACGGGACCCACGAUCUUCGCAAUGCCUGCCUCAAAUACAUGACCUGCUACUAUCACCCCAUGCUGAGGCGGCCUGAGUUCAGCAGCCUCCCCUCUGCUGUCAGAGACCAAGUCAAGGAGAUGCGCAUGAAAGGCACCGCCACCCUGGUAGCUAUCGGAGACUUCACCUGUCUGUCCCUGGACGUGCCGGAUCAGGAUGAACCCUGGUCCAUGCUGAGGUAUGGAGAGGUGGAGCAGCGCUGGAAACCACUGGCCAACAACCUGCCUCCAGAUAUGAUCAACGUCAGAGGAUACGGCUCAGCUGUUCUCGACAACUACCUGUUCAUAGUCGGUGGAUACAGGAUGACGAGUCAGGAGAUCUCUGCGGUGCACUGCUACAACCCCUGCAGGAAUGAGUGGAACCAGGUGGCACCGCUCAACCAGAAGAGGUCCAACUUCAAGCUGCUGGCAGUACAAGGGAAGCUGUACGCUGUGGGAGGCCAGAGUCUGGGCACAGUGGAGUGUUACAGCCCAGACCAGGACUGGUGGACCUGUGUGUCCUCGAUGCCCGACCCGCUGGCUGAGUUCUCUGCCUGUGAAUGCCAGGGGAUGAUCUACGUCAUGGGUGGAUACACUGCAAGAGACAGGAACACGAGUGUCCUCCGUUACUGCCCAACCUCUGACGCCUGGUCGGUGUUUCGGACCUGUUCGGCGCACAUUCGCAAGCAGCAGAUGCUUUCAGUGGAGGACACCAUCUACCUGGUGGGCGGCUACACUCAUGAGCUGGAGGCGGGCCCGCGGCAGCGGCGUCCCAGCCAAACGGAGGACGUGCUGACGGUGCAGUCCUACAACGUCACCACAGGGGAGUGGAUCCAACUUAAGGAGAACACAUCCAAGUCAGGCUUGAACCUGACGUGCACUCUUCACAAUGACGGUAUCUACAUCAUGAGCCGGGACGUCAGCCUGCCCACUAGCCUGGAGCACCGCGUCUUUCUCAAGUACAACAUCUUCUCUGACGCUUGGGAGGCUUUCAGACGCUUCCCGGCUCUGGGUCAGAACAUGCUGCUCUGUUCGCUUUACCUCCCCAACGUGCUGUGAUCGAGAGGACUGAUGGGAACAGACAGUGGAGCCCAUGCGGCAUUAAUGUAGGCCAGUGUGUGGCUCGCUUGUUCUCGCACAGAAUGGGGCUCUGUGGCAUUAGUGGGAACAGUGUCCGGUUGCCAGGUUGAACGCCUCGUGACCUUUGUGCCUAAAAAAAACAAACAAAAAAACAAAACGCACUACAUUGUACAUACUGCUGUGGAUGCAAAUACAAAGAUACAAUGACCACUAUGAAGGUGAUGAAGCGCCAUGGCCCGUAGGUCAACAGCAUCAUAACAGCUGGUCCCAGUUUGUGACUCUCAUGUGUUAACACUAAAGUGACUCAAGUUCUCUGAGAAAUAAUGUCAUGGAUAGUUUGAAAAACCCUGAAGGUUGUUAAGGAACAGGUAUCGCCAAUAUCCUCAAUGACUCUCUUAACCAUCUGGGUGAAAACAUAUUUAAUUUGCUGCACAAUUAAAAAGAUUUUUAACUUGUUUCACAACUUGUGUCUCUUGUUUCCUGUCCAGGUGGCUGGCCGGUCGCCAUCUUUGUUUGGAGUGGGAAGUUUGCUCUUGUACAAGAUCACAAAGCUCGUUUUCUUGAGAUAAUGAAUAACAAAAAUGUAACAAAACAUUUAAAACAAGAAAAAAAUGAACAGGACAGGAAACGAGUCACAAGUUGGGAAACAAAUUAAAAAUCUUUUUUAUGGUGCAGCAGGCAGAAUAUUUUUCCAUGCAGAUGGUAGAAGAGUCUUUUAGGAUUCUGGAAAUAUCUCAACAACAGCACUAAGUGUUAUUUAAUGACCUUCCCUGUCAGAUAAUUAUUUAUAUAAUGGAUAGUUACUACUGUCGAAUGCUAAUACAUAAGAGGCACACAAACGGGGCUAACAUAACAGCAUGCUUUUAAAUCUAUGGGCCACAAUAUUCCCAAUGUUUACACUCCAGAUAUGGCAUUGGCGUAUAUGUUUAUCCAUAGUUCACUACAAACCUUAAAACACAUUAAAACACAUUCUUGUCUUUAUGAACUGUACAUAGCAGAUAAUCAUAAAAAAUGGCUUUGGUUUUACACUGCCAGUUUUAUGGGAGUUAAACGUUCCUCGAAAGUUAUCGUUUGUGAUGCGACGCAGCUCAGAGGGAGCUUCAUGUGUUGCCCGUACACUUGCACAGUCUUAUUUUCCAGUGAUACACUAAGCAAAGCUUAAAGCGCAAUUCCAUGAAAUAAACGAUGCACAUGUGCCUUCUGCAACCUCGAUACAAAAAAACCUUGAUACAAAAAAAAAAAAAAAAAAGCACAAAA